GCAAUCUUGGCCAACAAAAAUCGAUGUACCCCAGGAUCUGGAGGAUGACCUUACAGCUUCUCCUCUCUCCCACGCAACCGUUCCUCAGUCCCCAGCUCGCACGGCUGAGAAUGUUCUCAAUGGUCACAGAAGCAAGGCCCUCGGCGAUUCAGCAAAGAAAGAAGAUCUCCCUGAAUUAGCUGGACCAGCACUUUCGGCAGUCCCGUCGGUGAGCUUAAAACCCACUACAAGCGGCCGGAAGUGUUUGUUCAGAGUAGAAGAAGAUGAAGAGGAAGACGAAGAAGAUAAGAAACCUAUUUCUCUUUCGACUCAAGUUGUUUUGCGCCGUAAGCCUUCAGUUACAAAUCGUCUCACUUCAAGAAAGAGUGCACCGGUCCUCAAUCAAAUCUUUGAGGAGGGCGAGUCCGAUGAUGAGUUUGACAUGGACGAGAACUUGCCGCCGAAGCUCAGCAGGUUAAAAAUGAACAUCGCUUCACCUAGCACAGUGCACAAACGCUACCACAGGAGGAAAAGCCAGGGCCGGGGCUCUAGCUGCAGUAGCUCAGAGACGAGCGAUGACGACUCGGAAAGCAGGAGACGCCUGGACAAAGACAGUGGCUUUACUUACUCCUGGCAUAGGCGGGAUAGCAGUGAAGGGCCCCCGGGCAGCCAAGGAGACGGCAGUGGGCAAAGCAAACCAAGUAACGGAAAUGGAGGGGUAGACAAAACAAGCCCGAGCAGUGACAACAAAGGUGGGGGGAGCCCCUCUGGUGGCUCCGGUGGUGGCACCAACACCACUUCGGGUUCCACUCGGCGAUGCGCUGGAUCUGGGAACUCAAUGCAGCUGUCAUCUAGAAGCACAGGGGAACUGGUUGAAAGCCUGAAGUUAAUGAGCCUUUGUCUGGGUUCACAGAUUCAUGGCAGCACUAAAUACAUUCUUGAUCCUCAAAACAGUCUGUCCUUUUCCAGUGUAAAAGUACAGGAGAAAUCAACGUGGAAAAUGUGUAUAAGUUCCAGCGGAAGUGCAAAUCAGGCUUCCUCGCUGGGCAGCCUAAAAUUUUUUUCUGACCAAAUGUCAGAUGCGGCAAAUGAAUUGGAAAGGAUAAAGAACAGGAACUUGAAAAACAACGUGCUACAACUACCUCUCUGUGAAAAGACGAUAUCUGUGAAUAUUCAGCGGAACCCAAAGGAGGGGCUCCUGUGCACCUCCAGUCAAACCAGUUGUUGUCAUGUCAUUUGACGACGAUCUGACUUUAAGAGUUCAGUCUACUUGACAGCAUCUUUCUUCUUGUUCAGAGCUGUGAACACCUUGUCAUGGACACCCUUUUGUUGUCUUAAGAUUUUUAAGUGGGCUUUGAGCAGUUAUUUAUUACACUUUAAUUUUGUGUUUGCUCGAUGGUAUGACAAUGCAUGAUCUCUGCAUGCUGCUAGCUGAUGUUUUUCUUUUUUGACAAUCCAGAAUAUUUUAUUGUGUAAUUUUUACAUUUAUAAUUUUACUAUGGAAGAUCUGGAUUAAAUUAAAAUAAAUAUCUGGAUCCUAAUGUAUAUGGAGCACUUAAAAGUUUCAUAUUCUGCACUUAAACUAGAGAGAGAAGCUUUUGUUUGCUUGUGAAAUGUUAAUUCUUGUUCUGACCUGUGAUAACUAAAAUAUGUGAUAUGUGGCAUACUUCUAUAUGUCUGAAACGGAACCAAAGCAAUAAUUUUUUGAUGCUGAAAACUCUUCAGGGAGCUUUCAGAUGUUCCAAGGCUUGUACAAAGCAAAGAUGCACUGAAAAUUAGUGAUCUUGAAAAAUGAUUUUAAACCCACACCUAUUUGUCUUAAACUAUGAUAUGGAUAAAGUUGUGGCUCAAAAAAUCAAACUGAAAAGAUCUUGUUUUGCUAGAAGCAGUUUUCUUUUUUCUAAAAAAAUAAA